CGGCGAAUUCGCUACUGUCAAACGAGUUCGAUUGUUUUUUAUGAUGCCAAUAAAAAAAAAGACGGCGUUUGUUGUUCUUCACACCAACAAAACCCAUCACACGAAUUUUUCGCCAAAAAUUCCAUUUUUAUCUAACUAACCGCGGUGAAACUGUUCUUUUUGCAUAUAUUUAGUAUUUUGAAGGUGAAAUCCAGUUAAAAUUGUUGAAUGUGAGUGGGAAAAUUGAGGUUUUGUUUUUAUUGUGAGUAAUUCUUGACGCUCACACAUACACAGACGAAGAACAGUGAACGAGAACAGUGGAAUAAGCUGUAACGAUAUGGAACAGUCCGAAAAAUCUGAACAACCAGAGGAGGUGAUUGAAGAUCUCAGCGUUAAAAAAGUGGAUGUGGAAAAAUCCGAGGAAAAAGAUUCAAAUGAUGAUGUGGAAAUCAUUAGUGAUGACAAGGAAGUAGAAGAGACUGAGGAAAAUGAAGCAAAAGAGGAGGUAGAAAAAGAAGAAGAACUAAACAAAUCGGAGAACGAAAACAAAGAGGUGGAAGCGAAAGCAGCCGAAGAAACACCAUCGAAUGAAGAAAAAGAAGAAGAGCAAAAAGAGGAGAAAGAGAGUGAGACGGCAACAGAAACAGCAGCAGCUGCAACACCUGAAAAGGAUCACGACAGUGACAUUCCAGACGAUGACAAUGAUGAGGAUAAUGAAGAUGGACCGAAAUUGGAGUUCCAUGUCGGCCGAACGGUUACACUUCAAAUGUUGUUGGCCGCCAAAUUGCUGGAACCAGGCCCAGCUGCAAUGAGCAUUGAAUAUUUGGGUCAAAAAUUCGUAGGUGAUUUACUUCCCGACGGUCGAAUUAAAUCCGUUGAAACAGAGACAAUCUUCUGUUCGCCCAGUGCAUGGUCAAUGCAUUGCAAGCGAAUUAUCAAUCCAGAGAAAAAAUCGGGCUGUGGAUGGGCAUCAGUGAGAUACAAAAACAAAAAAUUAGAUGCCAUCAAAACCACAUACUUGAGAAAAUGUCAACUUCAAAAGGACUCCAAUCUGAGUGAUGACGGUGACGUUGAAAUAAUUGAAACGAAGCCCGGCUUACCAGAGCUUGAAAUCAAACGUAUUGUUUUACCUUUCAACACAGUGAACAAUCGGAAUAUUGUGCAUGAUCCAAAUACACUGGUAGAGACAGCUUCAUUUGUAUCGCUAAAUAAACUGCAACCAUUUAUGGUGUCAAUCACAACAUCAUCGGUGCUAUUGAUGGACUUCCAUUGUCAUUUAACAAAGCAAGAAGUGUGCGGUUAUUUGGGUGGAAGCUGGGAUAAUAACACUCAAACAUUGGCAAUAACACAUGCAUUCCCCGUUCGUAACACUCGCCAUGAUCGUCAUUAUGCCAUUGAGAUCGAGCAACAAAUCCAACGUAAUAUGUUGAAGCGAAACUUGAUUUUAGUUGGUUGGUAUCACAGUCAUCCUCGUAUCGCUGCGCAGCCAACGCUUCGCGAUUGUGAUGCGCAACUUGAGUAUCAAAUCAAAAUGUGUGGAAUAUCAGAUGAAACGUACACUCCAUGCGUUGGAUUGAUUUGUUCUCCGUAUUACUCGGAUAAUCUGUCAUUGGAAUCGAGUAUAACAGCAUUCUGGGUUGUUCCACCGGCUGAAAAUCGCCCUUUGGAAUACGGUCGCCCGCUGUCAAUGCAAUUUUCCGUAUCACAGGAUCUUGAAAUGUCGGAACACAUCCGAACUGAAAUGGUGCUAGCAAUCGAUUACUAUCGACAGUUUGAAAAUGAAAUGGUCAAUUUCGAAGCAAAAUACGAUGAAGAUGUGACCUUUAUUGAAAAAUUGAAAACAACACUGUACUCGAAAUUCCCACGCGAACAAAAUGAUUUUGAAUUUUGGAAUUGGUUGCGACAAAAUCUAGGCUUGCCGCCAGAAACGGAAUUCUGUCCACCGAAACUGUGGUCAACACGUAAUGAACAAAAUGCUUCUUUAGCUGAUACAAGCAGCGAUACGGAUAAGGUUGAAAUUGUUGAACCACCAGCUCCAACUAUCGACAGUAACGUAAUAUGCAUCGAUGUGGACAUGAAAGAGCCGGAAAUUGUUGAAAUCAAAGAUGAUGACAGACCAGAUAUUAUAACACCAGCAAAUCUAUCUGCUGCCAUUGAGAAGGAUUUAAAGGAUGAAAAAUUAUCGAUUCGAUCGCUUCAAGAACAAUUGAAAUUGCCGUCGGGAUUGAAUAUGACUCCAUCGCCGAUUUCUUCGAUUCCGAUUUUGCAGAAACCGUCGAAGAGUACCUCGAGUCCAAGUACGACAACAUCGAAUAAUCCGGUGCCACUUGUUUCACCACGCGACAGUCCAAUUUCAACGCCAUCCAAUUCGGCCAGCCCAGCAAUGAAAUUCGAUAUUCGUCCACCAGCCACACCAUCUCCAGCAAAAUCGGAUGCAUCCUCAACACGCAAUCGUAACUCACCAUUGCCGGCCAAUUUGAGCAAGUAUCCUGCUUAUCACAAUACUCCAACGUCAACAAAAUCAAGUUCCAUUUCAAAUGAUCCAACAAUGGCGGCCACAAAAGCAAUGGAAGAAUUAUUAGCUGCCAGCUUCCCCGGCGGUAAAUUCUCCUAUUCGUCCGAUUAUGCAGCACUAUUGCAACAAGCCUCGACUAAAGACCUAACCGCAGCGGCCAAUCUCCUAUCCUCAACUCCAUCUGGUGAUAAGCAUACUUCAGCUUUGGCAACUGCUUUGGAUCCAUCAACGAAUAUGAAAGAUUUCUUCUCACAAUUGGAGAAAAGUACUGAGCUCAGCUACUUAUUGCAGCAACAGUAUCAAUAUCCUGGUUUAAGCGGUCUGACUCACAUGAACCAAGGCUCGAAUUCAACAUCGAAUGCACAAGCAAGCACUCCAAAAUCCACGAAACAUUCAAAACGCAAUUCGCGCUCUUCGUCAAACUCUUCUGCGGUGCAGCGAAACUUUGAAGAUGAAUUCAAGAGCGAAGCAAGCAAAAUGAAUGAUCCAUCGUUGAGUGCGUAUGAAUCUUAUGCCAAGUUACUGAUCAAUCAAGCGGAGGCACUGAAUGCAGCUGUUGCGCAUCAAAAUUACAGUGAAAUUUCAUCGAUUGCAUCGGCAAUAAAUACUUUGCCUACAAAUACGUCCGUGAGUGCAAUGUCAUCAUCGUCGACGUCAUCGCGAAAAUCUCGCAAGUCAUCGACAGCCACUCAGCCGAUUUCAUCGAUUUCACAACAGCCAUCACUUGCCGAACUCAGCCAAUUAUUGCAUGGAUCAUCAACAUCGAGUUCGAAAAUGCAAGAAUUGCUGCGACAAAUGGAGAGUUCCGCAUCCGGUUUGAACAUUAAACCGACUUCAAGCCAGAGUCAGAAGCAACAACAGAAACAACAGCAGCAGCAGCAGCAGCAACAACAACAACAACAACAGCAACAGCAGGCGCAGCAACAACAUUUGAAUUUGUUGUCAUCGAUGCAACAGCAGUUGAGCCAACCAAGCAAAGGAUCAUCUGGUGGUUCGUCAAAGAGCAAGCAACAAGCACAAAACAACGCCAUUUCCGAUUAUAUGACGUUGUUGUCACAAGCAAAACUUCCAGAUUUGGCUUCAUUGAUGGCUCAAUCGUAUGGCAGUAGCGACGGUAGCAUGCCAUCCGCAGCUGAACUGUCUAUGUUACUCCAACCACAACAGUACGAUCAACGUGGAAUGGGCAAAAAUGCCGAUUUGGCAUCGUUGAAUGCAUCAAUCGAUAUGCUUGGCAAUCUAUUCUCUUCGAACAAAAGUGCGGCCGAUUUGAAUUCACUCCUAUUUCCUCAAAGUGGAAAAGGCGGUCCAUCGCAAGCUGACAUUUCGAGUUUCCUAGCGGCUGCCGGACAUCAAUCCAUGAAUCCACCAGCAUCGCAAUCAUUUUCAUCAUCGAAAAGUUCGGCACAUACCAAUCCGUACUAUUCACAGUCGGCCGCUGCAUUGGACAAAGCACAACAAGACUUGCUUGCAUUGUACAACAACAAUCCGAUUUCAUCGUCGAUGGCCGGUGGUGGCAGCAACAAAUACCCAACCAUUCCAGAUCCAUUAUCGAAAUCAACAUUGGCUGCUAACAACAUGUUCAUGAAUCCAUCGUCAAUUUAUGCAAAAUUACAACAAGACGCAUUGAAUGCAAUGAUCAUGAAACCACCGUCAAAGGCAAGCUCAAAGGGUGAAUCAAAAUCACGUGAGACAUCCGAAUCGCCGGCAUCACGCAUUAUGCCUUCACCGUCUUCGACUCCAUCACCAUCGGCUAAGCAUAACUUCAGUGCCGUUGAUCUAGCCGUGUCGAGCGUGAAUCAGGCACGGUCCUCGUCACGAUCACCACACAAAAAACAAUUUUCGAUAUCAGAUUUGGUCUCACCACCACCGUCGAAAAUGAUGAAAUUCGCUGACAGCUUCGCACAUGACGAUAAGGAUGUACUAAAUCUAUCCGGCAACAGUUCCGAUAAAUGAAUUUAGACUAUUUGCAGUAUUCAAAACUACUAUUUUUUUUAUCCUUUGAAAAGUAUUCAACUAGAGUGUAGUCAAACUUAGAUGUAGAUUUUCAUCGUUCGAAUUUAGCCAACAUCAAAAUUCGUUUAUAUUUAUUUUAAUCCUAUUUUAGAUUUUUUUUUUUUCAAAACAAAGUGUUUGCAUGAGAGGUCGUCGUCAUUUAUAUUUGACGUGUAAUUUUGUAUUGAAACUGUAUUGUGUUUUUAAUACCGAGCCUAAAUCUCUUUUUUUUAUAUAUAUUUUAGAUUCAUCCCCUGUCAAUUUAGUCGAAAGUAUUAUUUUUCGUUUUAUUUUAUUGUAGCUGACAAGUAAGUUAAUAUCUGUACUCGUCUAAAUAAUUAUUAUGGAAUAAAUUAUCUUUAGCAAAUGAAA